GAGCUGGGCCACGGUACCUUCAUCCGCGGGCUGGAGACGACGGCGACGUACGACCCGCGCACCAAGGAGUUCGUGCUCCACACGCCCACACUCACCGCCUACAAGUGGUGGCCGGGGGGAUUGGGUCACACGGCCAAUUACUGUAUUGUAAUGGCCCAGCUAUACACCCAGGGCAAAUGCCACGGCAUACACCCGUUCAUUGUCCAACUGCGUGACGAAGAGACACACAUGCCGCUCCCUGGCAUUAAGGUGGGAGAUAUUGGCGCCAAGCUGGGCAUGAACACAACGAAUAAUGGCUUCCUUGGGCUUGACAACGUGAGAAUACCUAGGGAACACAUGCUGAUGAAGAAUUCCAAGGUUCAGGAGGAUGGCACUUACAUAAAAGCACCUAACUCGAAGCUAACGUACGGUACCAUGAUGUUUGUUCGCGUGAUCCUGGUCAAGGAUAUGAACAAUUUCAUUGCAAAGGCGGUCACCAUAGCAACAAGAUACUCCGCUAUUAGAAGACAGUCGCAACGGAGCCCUGAAGAGAGGGAAUCGCAAAUCCUGGACUACGUGACGCAACAGCACAAGCUGUUGGUGGGGAUAGCGGCGGUGCACGCGUUCAAACUCACCGCUGAUUGGAUAUGGAACAUCUACAACAAUGUCACUGACCAGCUUGAGUCGGGCGACCUCGAGAGAUUGCCUGAGCUACAUGCACUAUCUUGCUGCUUGAAGGCAGUAAUAACCGCUGAUGCUGCGGAGUGCGUGGAGCGCUGCCGGCUCGCGUGCGGCGGCCACGGGUACAUGCUCUCCUCCAACCUGCCGCUCACCUACGGGCUGGUGACUGCGGCCUGCACGUACGAGGGGGAGAACACCGUGCUUCAUUUACAAACUGCUAGGUACUUAGUAAAGGCCUGGCACCAAGGGGUAACAAGUGGGACUUUGCCCCCCACCGUGACGUAUAUAGCCCGCGCCGCCGACCGCCGUGCGCCACUUUGGGAUAACUCCAUCCAGGGCAUCGUGGACGGAUUCCAUACUGUCGCUGCUAAAAAAAUCGCUUUAUGCGUCGCUCAAAUAAAUAAACUUCAGGAAACGGGAAUGUCUUAUGAAGACGCUUGGAACAUGACCUCAAUUCAGCUAACUUCAGCGUCUGAGGCACAUUGUCGAGCUUUAAUCCUAUCCACAUAUCACAAAGAGACGGAGCAGCUGGCCAAGGGCGUGUCGGCGGAGCUGCGGCUGGUGCUGCUGCAGCUCGUGGACCUGUACGUGCUGUACUGGGCGCUGCAGCGGAUUGGCGACUUGUUAAGGUUCACGUCGAUAUCGGAGCGCGACAUCGAGCAGCUGCAGAGCUGGUACGAGCUCACGCUCAGCAAGCUGCGCCGCAACGCCGUCGGGCUCGUCGACGCCUUCGACAUUAGGGACGAGAUUUUAAAUUCAACACUUGGUGCGUACGACGGUAACGCCUACGAGCGACUCAUGGCUGAAGCAAUGAAGAGCCCUCUCAACGCCGCUCCAGUUAACGAUAGCUUCCACAAGUAUCUUAAACCUUUAAUGCAAGGAAAAUUAUGAAUA